UUAUGUAUUUGUGACACAAAUACAUUUUGAUAGGCUCAAUGUGAUCAGGGUUUAAGUUACCCGGUCAUUUAAAAGUUAUCUUACGAAUUUGCACCAUUUUAUUUCAUCAAAAUCUUUACAAAAGCCUAUAGCCUAUUGGCUAAGGUUAAUACCACUGUACUUGGACUUGAAAUAAAGCGUGAUCCGACAGGAAACCGAAAGCGCUUAGACAAGAUCUUGCUUUUACUUUCACUUGUUGCGCAUUGAGCAGUUUAUAAAUUCGUCGUAUUUUAAAAGACAUGGAGUGAACUUAAAGUUGAUUUAUCAACAUUAGGCUAAUUUAUUGGGAAAAUUGGGCGAAUUCAUCAAGGCGGAGUGCUGCUAAAUAUGAAUUUCUCAUUUGUAAUAAUUUUAUUUAGCCUAUGACUGAUUGAACUUCCAGGUAACUUAGAUUUACAUAAAUUCUUUUUUAUUUUAUUUUACUAUUUCAAGAUGGAGGAAAACGUAAGGAAUAUGCGCCUGAAAGAAUGGUUGAUUGCACAAAUAGAUAGUGGGAGAUACGCAGGUUUAACCUGGGAAAACCAAGAGAAAACCAUGUUCAGAAUUCCUUGGAAGCAUGCCGCCAAGCAAGACUAUAGACAGAACGAAGACGCGGCGCUUUUCAAGGCGUGGGCCAUAUACAAGGGUAAAUAUCGAGAGGGCAAAGACAAAGCAGACCCCUCGGUGUGGAAGACUCGUCUGCGUUGUGCCCUCAACAAGAGCACUGACUUUCAGGAGGUACCUGAAAGGAGUCAGCUGGACAUUUCUGAACCUUAUAAAGUGUAUCGGAUUCUACAAGACAGUAACCAGCCUGCAGAUUCACAGGGAAGCCCAGUGAUACUACAGGCUACUGCAGUUACAGCAACAGGUGUUCAUCUAGCCAGUGCUCAGUGUGGUGCCAAUGGAUCCACCGGAAGGACUGGACCAGUCAGAGAGGGACAGCCACAACUUAACGUUGUAAAGCUGGAAACUAGGAGACCAGUUAGCAGACCCCUCCUGUCUACAGAGCUACAGAUUUCAGAUUUCCGACUGCGGGUGCGAGUGUUCUACCAGGGCCAGAUGGUGGAGGAGGUUGUCAGCCACUCCCAGGACGGCUGUUUCAUCCUGCAUGGCACCGUGCCGGUGGGCAGUGAGCGCAUCUACGGGCCCUGCGAUGCCCAGCGUGUCUUCUUCCCCCCCGUAGACAGAUUCCAGCUGCCCCCUGGCAUGGCCGACGCCAUGAGCCGCCUCCUGCCCCACCUGGAACGGGGCGUGCUGGUGUGGAUGGCGCCGGACGGGGUCUUCAUCAAGCGCUUCUGCCAGGGCCGCGUGUACUGGGGCGGGCCUCUGGCCGAGCACAAGGACCAGCCCAACAAGCUGGACAGGGAGAGGACCAGCAAGCUGCUGAACAUGCCCAGCUUCCUGCGAGAGUUAGAACUCUUCCUGCGCGGCGAGGGGCCGAGGCCCUGCUACAAGAUCGAUCUCUGCUUCGGGGAGGAGUUUCCUGAGACUGGUGUGCCGAAAAGCAAGAAGCUGAUCACAGCUCAGGUGGUGCCACUGUUUGCGAAGGAGCUCCUUCUGCGGAUGCCUCCGCCCAGCACUGGGAUGGCACAGCAGCCUCAGGCACCAUGAGGUCCACGUCUGUGGACGACAUCCACCUCAACUGUUUGUUCUGGACAGUCAUCAUUAUACACAAAGACAUGGAACUUAUUGCCUCCCCUACCUCAACAGCAUAUCUUAGACCGGGAAAACUAUCAAAAUGUGACAGAUGAAGCAAGGUGUUUUGGCAUUACACAUGUAAAUUCAAGUGUGCAGCUAGUGUUGUUAAUGUAAUUUAUCGUUGAGAUCAAAUCUAAUGUGAUUAUUAAUAGCCUAAUAGUUUAAAGAUUUUACCAAGUGUAAGUGUUAGACUAAAAAUCAUUAUCAGAGAGCAUGUGUGUGAAUAUAUUGCAACCUGAAUUUUACACUUAUAAUGACCUGUAUGAAAAGAAUUUCUGCUUCUUUCACAUCAACAUAUUUCUUUGUGAAGACUUUGACUUUGUUACUUGAUAAAUUGAAUAUAGGCCUACUCAAUCA